ACAAGGUGUCGCUGAAGCGCGAGUCGCCGCUCAGGCUCCUGCUGGAGGAGAAGAAGACGCAGGUCAGUGGUGCUGCUGCUCGGGUUUAGGGCUUCAGUGGUGCUGGAACUCCACCGCUGUCAUCAUGUCGCAGGCGAUUUUUGAGGUGUUAGAAGGAAUGGACAAUCAGACUGUUCUUGCUGUUCAGUCGUUCCUGGAUGGUCAAACCGGCGUCCCCGAUCACAGCAACCAGAACGUCUCAGGAUCCGCCAUCCAACCAAUGGAUGAUGAUGAUGUGUUCCUGUGUGGGAAGUGUAAGAAGCAGUUCAACUCGCUGCCGACGUUCCUGACUCACAAGAGGGAGCAGUGCCAGCAGAGCGCCCCCUCGCUCGCCACCGUCUCACUGGCGUCCAGCAACACCUACACACCCGUACCCUCGAUCAGCACAAUGCCACAACCACUGACCAACAGACAGGUGUCGACGUACAUCACAGUGCCUCCGUCUCCUCUCACACACACACUGGUGCAGGGGAACGUCCUGGUGAGCGAUGAAGUUCUCAUGUCUGCCAUAUCAGCAUUUACAUCCAUGGACACACCGGCCACAGCUAUGCAGAGCAAUCUGAGCAUGCCCAAUGCAGUGCCGUACCUGCAGCACCACCCCCAAGCAUCCCAGCCCCUCUCACUGCCCCAGGCUCCACCCCUUUCUGCCCAGGUUCCCUCUAGUAUCAACAGCUCUGUAGUCCAGGUUUAUAGCACACUGCCCCCGAUGGCCGGAGGAGGAAACGCAGAAGGCCACACACUCUGCCUCCAACCGUUCCAUUCUGUUCAGGGUGGUGGUCAGUGUGUGGACAGUCAGAAUCCAGCGUACAGCAGCGCUCCUGUUUACAGCUCUGUUAAACCGCUACAGAAGCCGAAGAGCUGCAGCAGCACCGUGGCUCUGAGUGAUCUGGCCGAAUACGACAAGGUCAUCAUCCCCAAAAAGACCCGCAACUCCAAAAAAGGACACGACGGUCAAAUAAAAGCCAAAGGUCAAAAGCUGAAGUGCAGUUUCUGUGACAAGGUGUUUGUGAAGAACUUUGACCUGCAGCAGCACAUCAGAAGUCACACGGGCGAGAAGCCAUUCCAGUGCAUCGUAUGCGGCCGAGCCUUUGCCCAGAAAUCCAACGUGAAGAAGCACAUGCAGACGCACAAGGUGUGGCCAGCCGGCGUGCACAGCUCAGUGUCCAGACUCCCCGUCACCAUUAAACCAGUCCAGGAGAACACCGCUCAACAUUCUGAUGGACAUGAAGAACACGGAGUUCUUGAUCAAAACGAGGCCGAGCUCCCGUCCGAAAUGAAAGGAUCCAACCACAGCCAAACCAAGCAGCUUUUCUCCAUCGACAGCUCGUACCAGUGCCAGUUCUGCACCGCAAAAUUCUGCAGCUACUUCCAGCUCAAAUCCCACAUGACUCAACACAAAGAUGAGCAGGUGUACAGGUGUGUAGUGAAGGCGUGCUCUCAAACCUUCCAGAAGCUGGAACUCUUCCUCGAGCACAUUCGUUCUCACCAGGAACAGCUGACGUACCGGUGUCACCUGUGUACCAAAGUGUUCCCCUCUCUGUUCGAGCUCGGCCUGCACCAGUACUCACACAGCUUCUGUCCUCAGCAGAACACACGCAAAGACACCACUUACUACAGGUGUAAUAAGUGUCAGAGUAAAUACUCCACACAGGAAGCUCUGGAGCAGCACAUCCUCACCACCUCGCACAACUUCCCCUGUCCACACUGCCAUAAGGUUUUCCCGUGCGAGCGGUAUUUCCGGAGACACCUGCUCACCCAUGGCGCUGUCGGCAGAUUCAAAUGCCAGAUCUGUAAAAAGCUGUUUAAAACUGAGCACUACCUCAAACUGCACACACAGAUACACUCAGGGGAGAAGCCGUAUAAAUGUUCAGUGUGUGAAGCCUCGUUCAACCGCAAGGACAAGGUGAAGAGACACAUGCUGAUCCACGAACCCUUUAAGAAGUACAAGUGUCCUUUCAGGACUCACGUUGGCUGCACCAAAGAGUUUAACAGACCCGAUAAGCUGAAAGCGCACAUCCUGUCUCACUCAGGCAUUAAGCCGUUUAAGUGCCAGUUCUGUCAGAAGAGCUUCAGUCGCCGUGCACACAUGCUCGAACACCAACGCUCUCACACCAACAACUACCGCUUCCGCUGCUCCACCUGCACCAAGGGCUUCACCCGCCUCAAAUACUACCGCGAACACCGCUGCCCAAUCACCACUGCCCCCGACACCACCGCCGCAACAGAUGGAGGUGGAGAACCCACAGGCGGAGAAGCAGAUUACACAGACGCUCUGGAGGAAGAUGAAGACAAUGACGAGGAGACGAGUGAAGGCGGAGUUGUGGGAGAUGAAAUGGGAACAGCAGCUGAUCUGAUGAGAGAAACAGAGGAGGAGGAGGAGGAAGAGCAGAAUGAAGGUUUGCAGGAGGUAGAGGGGCUGAUGAACUGCUUGAAGAAACGGUGUUUUGCUCGACGGCUGAUUGAUGUCCUCGGAGGAGUCCGGUUCAGUAGCGCUGUAAAUCUAAUCGAGACCUUAAUUGGCUCGUCAGCAGGAAUUUGUUUGGGUGUCGAUUAUGUCGAGUUUUUUAUUAGCAGUUGGACCCAAAACACUUUUCUAGAGUCGUAUAAGAGUUUGAUGAUUAAUUCUCAAUACAGACGUAAUUAUAAUCCUGCAGAACAGGAGCGUGGAGACGGACGUGAGAAGGAUGGACACGUUACUCUUCACAGGUGCUGAAAUUCGACACUGUGCAACCAACAAACAUUUGUUUUAUAUUAAAACAUCGUGUUUUUAUUUCAUUUUCUCGUUGUAGAGAAGAGAGGAGAUGAAUUGCUGCUGUAAUAAUGAACUGUGUGUGUGUGUGUGUGUGUGUGUGUGUGUGUGUGUGUGUGUGUGUGUGUGUGUGUGUGAGCCAGUGCACUUUACGACUGUAAACAAGACGUGUGAUGUGUCCGCCCUGAGUUCUGGAAGAUCUGAGAAUAAAUGCAUGAUGAGCACAUAUCA